CAGUCGCUCAGCGGGUUCUUGAUGAUGAUGACCCAAAACGGCAAGCUCCUAUACAUAUCGGAUAACGCCGCCGAAUACUUGGGCCACUCGAUGGAGGAUCUCCUCAUACACGGCGACAGUGUGUACGACAUGAUAGACAAGCAAGAUCAUCAGGCCGUUCAGACCGAACUGUCCAGGAGUCAAACAUCCGCCGAGGACCAAGGAUGCAAGCGCAUGUUCUUGUGCCGGAUGAACGUUUCUAGAAACGCCCGAAGACAAAUGCGAUUCGGCGAUCAAAAGGUGGUUUUAGUGCAGGGCCACUACCUCUCCUAUCUGCCGCUGUGCAGCAGAAACGAACCAGUUUUCCUAGCCACUUGCAGCCCGGUGGCGAUGCCUGAGACCAGGGAGGCCGUGGUCCAGGGUUCCACCACGGUGUUCACAGCUAUCCACUCGAUGGACAUGAAGUUCAUACACGUAGACAAAAUAGGAGAAUUUCAUUUGGGGUUUUCCCGCUCGGAGCUGCAGGGCGUCUCUUGGUACCAAUUGUUGCAUUGGGAGUGCAUGCGCGAGGCUCAGAGCAAACACAGGCUGAUUACACAAUCAGAACAGGAUCGUUCUUGCAUACUACUGGCCAGGGUACAGAAGAGGGCCACAGGGGACUGGCUUUGGAUACACUGCGUGUUACAGGUCAAAGACAACAUGGAAAACAGCCAACAGCCAGUCAUCGUCAGCACAAAUCAAGUACUUACAGAUCAAGAGGCAGCAGUGAUGCGGGCCAACAGUUGGCUGUACCACUAUUACAUGGUGCAGAGCAAACUCCAGUACGGGAUGCAGUUCGAAGCGCAGACGUCGCCGCGGGUACCGUCCACCGGACCUGCGCAGGUGCAGCCCGGCGUGCCCCCACCGACGACGGCGCCUGUUUAUGCUUACCACCACCAACAGUCACCGCACCGGCAAGACGGCGCUUACCCGUCGGCCGCGGACCACCAGCACCACCAACACCACCAACAGCAGCACCAACAGCAACACCAACAGCAGCAGCAGCAGCAACAACAACCGGUGCACUUUCACCAGCUGCCGGACGGGUACUUCCGGUAUGCCGCUGCGGCCUCGCCAACAGCGGGAGCUGCUGCGACGACGGCCGCGGCAACGACCACUGUGGUGGCCGCAAAGCGGCACAGGCUGGAACCCGAACCCGUCGACUAUUCCAUACAUUCGCCAGAGCAGACGCCGCCGCUGAAGGUCGAAGACGGCGGCCACUCGAUGGCGUCCGACUCGACGCCGUCGCCGCCUUCGAUGGGUGGUGGCGGUGACUCCGGCGGCGGUUGCGCCACCGCCACCGUGGCCGCGCUAUCGUCGUCACUGCCUUCGGCCACGUCGCUGGGCCGUUCACGGGCACUGGUCAAGGCGGCCAUGGACCCCGGUGACCUGAUGAUGGAAACAUGGAAUCCCAGUCCACCGUGGUCGGACUGCUGUUCCGGGGGCGGUGCCCUGCAAAAGGUGCCCGAUGUGGACAUGCUCGGCAGCGGCGGUGGCGGCGGUGGCAGUUACUGCGGACAGCCGACGCCUCCCACGCCCGGUAGCGGUGGCUCGUACCACGCGUCGUCUGGUGCACCGCAGCAACACCACAACCAUCACCACCAUCACCAUCCGGGUGGCUGCGACGAAGUGCCCAACACCGACGCGCUUCACCACCACCAUCACCAUCACCAGCCGUCCACGUUCACGUUCGACUGGCCGGGUGAGCAGUACGUGCCCAACGUGCACGAGGUGCUCGUCGAGCCCACGCCGCAUUAUAUAGUGCCGUUUCCGCCGUGGCCGCACGCCGCCACCGCCGACCACCACAGGCUGUUCCCGCUCCAACCGCCACCGCCCGGUUCUCUGAACAGACCGUCGCUCAUCGUGCGCGUUGACCAAGACGCCGCGGCCGCCGACGCUUCCGUCCAAGUAUUCGCGAGUACCAGCGUGCACGGGGCCACGUGA